AUGAACUCGUUGAACAUCCUGUCCUCGCGAGUCAUUGGCCAGUCUUCCAACUCGACGCGCCCACGAUCGCGAUCCCAGAGUGAAAACCGACCUGCUACUCCGCAGGGCGAGUUCGCAAAGCUUAGGUCCUAUAGUGAAGACAACUUUCGGACCAGUUUCACUCUCAACCCGAACUACGAUGGCUCCGUAUCAUCCGCGAAUGAAGACAACGACGAAGCGCUCGACUCGGUCAACGAGAAGACAUCUCUCCUCCACGGGACUCACAAGGAUGGGACGAUAGUAACGAAGAGCACCUGGCGUCUCUUUACCAAGCGGAUCUUCGACACGAUCACGGAGACGAUUCGAUUUAUUCUCUCAACGGUUGCUGCUCCUGGGGUCUACCCAGCCCAAUGCUUCCAAGAUGAUGACGGGCGGUACUCGCUCCUUGUCCCAAUUCGGAGAAUCUGGAGGCCGUCUGCUGAAGCUAGGAUUCGCUCGGAGAAAGGGGUUUCUGGGGCAGCAGGCCGGAGGCGAAGUCGCUCGAUACGCAAGGUGAAGCCACAGACCUCGCGAGACUCGAUAACCUCUACGGCGUCUGAAUCCGACACAGAUCGACGCGACUCAAAAGCGUCUUCCAGUAAACACAGACUCAGCCAUUCGCAAGAUUAUGAUACAAACCCAGCCUCCGACGACACGCCACGGCGGUCUAUCCGGAUCAAGCUCCAUAACGAAGAGGUGUCAAAACGACAAAGACAACGGCGGUCAAAUAGCGGCGAUCUGAGCCCGCCAAUGCCCGAAGGCGUUGCGCGGAUCCAGGGCGCCGUCAAUUUGGAUAGCUUGAAGUCUCCCACCUCACCAUCGGUUCACCGUCUCGAUAAAUACCCACACUCCCCAACACCCCCCCGGCCCUUACUUCCUCAACGAGUACCUUCAUAUACUGCUUCAUCACGGAAUACCCGCCUACCGCAGAAGACCCUUGUCCUGGAUCUUGACGAGACCCUUAUCCAUUCGCUUGCGAAAGGCGGUCGUAUGUCCAGUGGCCAUAUGGUCGAGGUUAAACUUUCGAUGCCCAUGACUACUGCCUUAACUCCUGGUGGACCGCAGACAACGUUGGGACCUCAACAUCCCAUCUUGUACUACGUGCAUAAGCGACCGCACUGCGACGACUUUUUGCGCAAGAUAUGCAAAUGGUAUAAACUGGUCAUCUUCACCGCAAGUGUGCAAGAAUAUGCCGACCCCGUUAUUGACUGGCUCGAGCAAGAGCGCAAGUACUUCCAAGCUCGCUAUUACCGGCAACACUGCACCCUGCGCAAUGGUGCAUACAUCAAAGACCUGAGCUCCGUGGAGCCAGAUUUGAGUAAAGUGAUGAUCCUCGACAACAGUCCUAUGAGUUAUAUCUUCCACGAGGACAACGCCAUUCCCAUUGAAGGCUGGAUCAACGACCCCACUGAUAACGGUCUGCUGCAUCUGGUUCCUAUGCUAGAGGCACUACAGUAUGCCACUGAUGUUCGGGCACUGCUUGCCCUCCGACGGGGCGAAGUCGAGUCAUAG